AUGUGCGACGCAGAUUUUCUCUCUCGCUGCUCCUCUUACGAGGCGGACGUUGAUUCCGACUCCGAGAUCUCGAGCUCAAGCUCUUGCUCCUCGUACAGUGAAUCCGAGGAAGAGAUCGACAAUGGUUUCCGUGGUGAGUCGAAGGAGACGAAGAGGUUGGAGAAGAAGAAGAGCAAUGUGUUGUUGGAAGGCUACGUGGUUGAUGCGGCGGUUAAUGACGGAGAUCGGGAUGAUUUGAAGAGGACCAAGAGUUUAACGGACGAUGAUCUCGAGGAGCUCAAAGGUUGUGUAGAUCUAGGGUUUGGUUUCAACUACGAGGAGAUUCCUGAGCUCUGUAAUACUUUACCAGCUCUCGAGCUUUGUUACUCGAUGAGCCAGAAGUUUAUGGAUCACGAUCAUCAUCACCAUACUUCGCCGGAGAAGAAAUCGCCGGUGAUGCUUGAAUCUCCCGUCAGCCCGAUAGCUAGCUGGAAGAUCUCUAGUCCUGGUAAGCCCAAUUUUCGAUUUUUUUCAAACGUUUCAGCAUAG